AUGAAGAUUUCCAUCCUCCUCGCAUUGGCUACGGCCGCCGUCGCUGACAUCAUCAACAACGACCACCUCAAGACUGAGGUCCUUACUGAAGUCAAAUGCACACGCAAAACCCAGGUCGGCGACACGGUCAACGUCCACUACCGCGGCACACUCGAGAGCGACGGCAGCGAAUUUGACGCCUCAUACAACCGCGGCCCGCCUUUGAAGUUCGCCGUCGGUACCGGUCAGGUCAUCAAGGGCUGGGACCAGGGUCUGCUCGAAAUGUGCCCCGGCGAGAAGAGGAAGCUCACAAUCCAGCCUGAGUGGGCCUAUGGCUCGCGGGGUGCUGGCCCCAUCCCCGCCAACAGUGUCUUGAUCUUCGAGUCUGAGCUAGUCAACAUUGAGGGCGUCGACAAGGAGGAGUUGUAG